AACACACACACUCUCUCUCUCUCUCUCUCUCUCUCUCUCCAAUCCCAGAAGUAGCGGGUGAGGAGUAUCCACGCCUCUCUCUGUCUCUCCAGGCUCCCGUGUGUUUUAUCUAAUCUACCCGGUUGUAGGGAGGCUAUUUCGGGGGCUGGGCUGCGGUGAAGUCCGCCUCUGUCGGCUCCUUGCUCGAUCCGGUGGUCUCGGGGAGAGACGGGGGAGUGCGGGCGAUGAUGCGCCGCUGCUGAAGGCUCGGGCUCUCGGCCAUGGCCGUAGCGCGGAUGUUUUGACGCUGGAGACGAGAAUACCCACCCGGGCUGUGCGCGGUUUUACAGCAAUACCAACAGAGAUGGAGCGGAGAGACGAGUUCCUGUGCGGGGUUGUUGAAGGCUUCUAUGGGCGACCAUGGUCCAUGGAGCAGAGGAAAGUGCUGUUUGAGUGGAUGCAGAGAUGGGGUCUCAAUACGUAUCUCUAUGGUCCUAAAGAUGACCUGAAGCAUCGGCUGCUGUGGAGGGAGGUGUAUUCUGCAGAUGAGGAAGCCCAGCUGAAAGCUCUGGUGUGUGAGGCAGAGUCGCGUGGUUUAAGUUUUGUCUAUGCUCUUUCUCCUGGUCAGGACAUCGUCUUCUCCAGCUCCUCUGACCUCACUCUGCUGAAACGCAAACUUCGACAGGUGGCAGAGCUGGGCUGCCAGGCGUUCGCCAUCCUGUUCGACGACAUCGACCACUCCAUGUGCCAAGCUGACACUGAGGCCUUCUCCUCAUUCGCUCACGCUCAGGUGUCUGUGGCCAAUGAGAUCUUCCGUUUCCUGGGGGAACCACCUGUCUUCCUCUUCUGCCCCACAGAGUACUGUGGUUCUCUCUGUUCUCCCAGCGUGUCCAAGUCUCCAUAUCUGCUGACAGUGGGUGAAGACCUGCUGCCUGGCAUCUCUGUCAUCUGGACAGGGAGCAAGGUGAUCUCGCGGGAGCUGAGUGCUGAUUCUCUGGUGGAGGUGCAGUCUGUGCUGCAGCGCCCUCCUCUGGUUUGGGACAAUCUCCAUGCUAAUGAUUACGAUUCCCGUCGCGUCUUCCUGGGGCCCUUCAAGGGCCGCCCGCCCGGCCUGCAGGCCAACCUCAGGGGUCUACUGCUUAACCCGAACUGCGAGUUUGAAGCCAACUACAUCCCUCUGCACACACUGGGGAGCUGGCACAAAGCAGGGAAGGAGGAGAGAGAAGGUGAAGGACAUAUGUACUGCCCAGACCGAGCUCUUUCUGCUGCACUACAGGACUGGAUGAAUGAACUGAGUCAGCCUUUACAGCCUGGUCGGCAGAUCAGACCUACAGAGCACAGGUCUUCUGCCCACUCCACCAAACACAAACCUUCUGAAAGCUCAGACAAUCAGUACGGUGCCCAUUCCAGACCCUCCUGCACAGCGGGGCCUCUCCCUGCCUGCUCCUCUCAACAUCGCAAACCCACUGCUGCUGGGAGGGAGGGCGGGGCUGGGCCUUUGCGGAGUGAGGAGCGGGCCAAUGGGGGCCACAGCCGGGAGAAGGUGCAGGGAAAGGCUCUGUGUGCUGGUAAGGGUCCUUUGAACGAGGUGCAGGUGCGACUGCUGGUGGGCCUGUACUACUUACCCCAUGAACACGGCCCACCAGCCCAGAGCCUGCUGCAGGACCUCACCUGGCUCAAAGCCAACUGCAACUUCGUCAGUGCCAAUGGCAAUGGCAAGAAGACCCAGCCUCAGAAGGUGGAGGAGUGGCGAGCCAGGGCGGGGCGGUUUCUAGCAGCGUGUGAUGAGAUUGCAGCGCUGCAUGGCAGUGUGGUGAACAGCGUGAACAGGGCUGUGCUAUAUGAUCUUUACCCCUACGUAUGGGACCUGAGGAACACCAUGCUGGUAGCCAAGGCCUUCAUCAGCUGGCUGGAGGGGCGUGUGAUGAGUGAAAGUUCUUCACUGGGUUCCUGGAAGAACUGCUUCCACUGGUGUGGAGCAUCAUCAGGGGCGGAGCUUGUAGGCGUGGAGGCAGAGCCCUGGGUGUUUAAAGGGGGACUUUCUGGAGAAGUACAGAUGCUUCUCCCUGUGGGCACCAGCAGUGAGCUGUUUAGUCACCCUCCUCCACUCUUCCCCACCUCUCGCCUCUACAACAUACGGCCCUUCCAGCACAAAGACAAGGUGGAGCUGUACCGCAUGGUGCGCCAGCUGCAUCAGAGGGCUAAAGGUGCUCAGGACUCCGCAAUGGCCCAUCCAGACUUCAUUGGUGACAGAUGCCUGGGUGCCUCGCUGGCCCUCUGCCCGGAGUACAGCUUUGUUCUGGAGGAUGAGCUGGGUGUGUGUGGGUGUGCGGUUGGCAUCUUGGACGUGCGCUCCUUUGCCAAGCGAUGUCAGGCCACCUGGCUGCCUGCUAUGAGGGAUAAAUACCCCACGCGUCCGCAUGGAGCCAACGGACACGCCGCCACAAAGGAGGCACUGCUGUGUUUUCAUGAGGAGCAGGAUUACCCAGACUCCCUGCUGUACCACUUCCCCUCCCAGCUCCGCCUGGAGGCGCUGCCUGAACUGGUGGACUGCAGCAUCAGCAGAAGCCUCCUCACCUCCCUGCUCACAGCACUCAAAGCCAACGGUUCUCAGGGUGUGUUCUGUGAAGUGCAUCCCACAGACCGCCUGAGGCUGGAGUUUCUCACUAAGCUGGGCUUUCUAGAGAUCCUGCGGGGGGAAGCGCGCUCCACAGAAGGGCUCAUACUGGGCAGACUGCUCUAGAGCCUUAUCAGCACAUGAAUGACCACCAAGGACCUACAUGGACUUUUCUGGAAAAGAUAUAGAGCAAGUUUAUUAAAGGGAAUUCAGGGCUUAAAGGAAUAUGGUAGCAUUUAAAAUUAUUAUAAAAUUAGACAAUGAAUCUGGGAGUUUUUUGAGCAUUUCAAUUGUACACCACGCAUACAGUAGGAACAGCUACGAUUAAAAAACAGUGUACAGAAAAACAUUUAUUUAAGUAAAGAAAUCACAUUUGAGAACAAAUUUUACACAUUGUUAGUUAUCUUGAUAUUGAGUGAAGUAUUUCUGUUAAGGCCUAUUUUACACAUCUUGGCACAGCAUGUGUGUUUUGGAACAUCUUGCUUUUAAUUCCAGUGUCCAGAGUUGGAGCCACAGCAAUGUAUUCUACACACAGAACACUGCAUGUUCAGAAUAAGCAUACAUCUUAUGCAAAAUGCUGCACACAAAUACCCAUUCAGCCAUAAUAUUAAGCUACCUGUCUAAUAAUGCUGCCAAAAUAGCUCAGCGUCAUUGAUGCAUAGAGUCGAGAGGACCUCGGAAAGUGUCCUGUAGUAUGUGGCACCAAGAUAUUAGCAGCAGAUGUGAGAUUUGGCCUUGGGAAAGAGCCUUGGGUGUUAAAGCUGAAGAAAUACUGCACUCAUUUUCGGGAUUAGCUAACAGUGAAAUAGCUGCAUUGGUGGUGGUCAACAUGAUUCAUUUGCACAAUGCUGCUUAAUACCACCUUCUUCCUGUACUGAUAUAAGGGAUUCAAUCAUUGAAAGCCUGCAUAAGAUUUAGACAAGCUUGAACAUCUUUUCCAGAACAGUCUGUUUAGAGUCUCCCUACUGGACUGAGUAGAAGCGUUAAGCUUUGCUUUGUUCAGGAUGGUGUUGGGGCAGCUAUUGCAGCUAUGAGAGUUCCCAUCAGCCCUCUCUGUUUACUAGGGCCAGAGUUCCUAAAGACUCUUGACAGUAAGAGUGCUGAUCUACUCAGCCAGUCUGGGUUGGUUAUGCUUACUGUAUUUUUGGCAUUAUAUGGUGCACUGUAUAAUAAGGUGCUCUAUCAAUGAGCGUCUAUAUUCCGGUCUAUUUUAUACAUAAAGCGCAGCGGAUUAUAAGGCACAUUUUAAAAAAACACUGUAAGGAACUUCUAAUUCAGCAGGUCUUACCGCUGGGCGGUGGUGGGGUUAGUUAACUAAGCUAAGUAAAGCUAAACUAAGUAAACAAAACUGUAAAGUCAAACGAGCGCCGAAUGUAAAUCUACACAGGAAAUUAAAGGAUUUAAAGUUAGCCUUAUAGUGCGGAAAAUACAGUAAUCAUACCAUGAAGGGAUAAUAAUUGUGGGUCUGAGGUUUCUCUUGCUAAAAAGAUGGUGAUAAAUACACUCAGCAUCAAAAAAUAUAUAGUUGCACCCAGAAGGAAUCAACAGACUAGGAAUAAACUUGGUUGGUAGCUUGUACAGAUUUGUACGAAGCCAGAUCACCUUUGGUCUACAUUACAGGCACUUUGUACGCCCAAUGUUACAUUAAUAAGUGCUAAUAAAUAAGCACUUAAAUGCUAGUGCACAUACUGUUGCUAUCUCAAGAGCUUGCCUUAAAGACACAGAUACUUUUCAUUUACCAGCUGUAUCGUCAGACCUAUCUCUGCAUUCAACACCCUAAGCUAAUAAACCUGCUUGAGACUGAUUAAUGUAGGACACCAUUAGGAACCUCUACAACUUCAUGCUGAGACAUGUUUCGUUACACAUGCGUUACACAGCCCUCUGUAUAUGUAGCUCAGUAAAUCUUUAUCUUUAUCUUCAAUAGCAUUGCAAACUAACAUAUCCUUUUGAGUGCAACCAUUUUUUUUAUAUUGAGUGUAAGGGUCUAGUUGUAGCUGUGCUAAGCAAUUUCUUCCUAUAUGGUGCAAUGAAACAAUAGAAGCCAUAUCGCCCCCUGUGCUUCCUGUUAUAUUGUAUUGCAGUCUGUCGGAAUAUCAACAUAAUUUUUCUAAACAUUAGAGCUCAUUAUGAAUUAUUUAACAUAUCAGCUAAUGGAUUUGUUGUAUAACUGCAGGAUUAGCAUUAAAACUACUGUACUGCGCUAACUUUUCCAGAGAUGUCGGAGCAUACUUAUUAUAUGUUAGUAGGAACAAAUCUGUGAACCCACACUAGCCCUUCAAUGCAUAGACCAGUAUCCUGCUGGAUAUUCUUCUGCCAGGAACUUAUCUACAAUGUAAUAAAAUAGAAAUCUGGUCAGUAAUCAGCACUUCUGCUCAAGGUUCUUUAUGAACAUCUCCCCCUGAUCACUCCAUCAUAACCCAGUUACUCAGUUUGAUUUAAUUGAGUUCUCUUUCUUCUGUUGGUUUCUUCACUGAAGCAGCACUUCUUCCACUGGAUCACUCUACUCGUAGUAGCUUUGGCGGUAAUGAUGUGUAGCUUGUUCUGAGUGGCCGCAAGCUUGUGUGUUGGAACCGUUGAUCAUUUUCGAAGACUAAAGCACAAUAGCUAGGUUGUUGUAGAUGAUGACUACGUUGUGGUAGGAGAGACAACAGUUAACUGUGUUUACAUGCACACAAGUGGUUCCAUAUUGGUAUAACCAAGACGCAGCUGAUAGAUCAGCUCUAACAGCUGGGUAUAACUGUCAUAGUGUGAGUCUAGUUUGAUUAAAGAAUGAUUAAAGAGCUGUCUGAGGUAGAUUCUGGACUACCCAACAUUUUAAUGAUUUUCCAUUCUAAGGAAAAAAAUAAUUGAAUAGGCUAAAUCCCAUUUUGGGAAAUUCUAAUUCUAGUAAAUAUGCUUUUUUUUUUAACUAAGCAUUUUAGAGGUUGGCCUUCUGACUGUAAUGGUAAGAAAAAAAUUAAGAACAGAUUUUCUUAAGAAUACCAGUUUUUCUUAUCUUUUCACUUUAAGUUAAGAAGAUUGGGCCUGAUUUCCCAGUAAUAGUCUACAUUAGAUUUGUGUUGUACUUCACACAAUCACAAUUGUUUGCAGCUCUGUUCUUAUAUUGAUAAAUCCCACUGUCCUCUUAAAUGUAACAAAUCCUAAUAAGAAAGCAUUCAUAAGUGACAGAAUCUUUGUGAAUAGUCUGAGUUUUAAGGAGAUAUUUCUUCAUAAGAAUGGCUCACUGUUUUUAAAUUAAUUUAAAAAAAAGUCUUAAAGGGGACAUAUUAAACCUCUUUUUAAACAAGAUAAAAUAGGUCUACGGAUCUUUGCACAAAAUCACUCUCGCAUACAGAGAUAUCAUCAGCUCUAUUCUGUGUCAGUUUCAGUCCCUUUCAGAACGAGCUGUUUAAGGGCUUUUCCUGUAGCCAUAAGGCUUGGCUUCUUAUGCAUGGGUGCUUAUAAAACCAGCAGACCGAAAUAGCAGAUCUUUAACUGAUCUAGUGGGUGGGGCUCUGGUGUGUGUUGACGGGUGAGGUUUGGUGCAAGGGUGGUUCUAUGCAAUUUUCCUGAUCAUGACGUCACAAUAAGAGAGCCAUCCAAACGAUUCAUAGAAGCAUAUGGUUACUGACACCUGACAAACUCUUUCAGCUUAUGCACAAAAAACUGAUGGGAUUUUGAGCUAGGAGUGUUUAUAGGGGCAGUUGAGACUCAAGUGCUCUCAAGAGCUCUCAAUGUUCUCAAGAGCUUCUUUGUGAUUUUUAUUAUGUAACCAUUUGUAAUGUAACCUUUUAUGCCACAUUUCACUGUUUAUCAUACACAGUGUGAGACAUAUUUUAAAUCUGUUCAGUGGAAAACAAAGUGAUUUUUUGUACUGUUCUAAUUUAGAACAGUACUUCAAAAAUAUCUCUAUUUUAAUCCCUGGUAACAUUAAUUCUAGUUAUUUAAAACUUUAAGUUCAGAUCCUGCUAUUUUCCUUAAUAAUAUUAUUUUAAAGAUAUUUUAAAAAUCUAAAAAUAUUUUUUUCUGUAAUAACUUUUCAUCUUAACUCUUUCUUAAGUAUGAAAUAAAUAAAAAAGCACAUCUCUGAAGAAUUAAUUUUUUAAGGCACUUGUAAAUUCGAUUCAGAUCUUUUUUAAACAGAAACUAAAGUGUGAAUCUAUAUAAGUGCAAAGUGAAAGAUUAAUCUAUUACACAGACUUAGACUGAGAGCUUAGUCAAACAGUUGUUUGCAUGUAAACAUAGCUACUGUGUCUUCAGACAGCUCUUUUAUCUCUUAUGUACAUACAAAACACACACACUCACACAUACACACACACUCACACACACGCUCACACUUAUUCACGCCAUGUUUUAGUCAUUUUGUUGAAUAAAAAUACUAACAGCUAUAUGUUUUUCUCUCUCACUCUCACACACACAUACACACACAGACACACACACACACAGAGACACACACACAGCUUUUUACAGUAUGAAUACGGUCUUGGUCUCCUUCCUGCAGAAAUUAAUGUGAUGAAUCACCCAAUGGCACUAUGAGCUUUUUAUAGCUCCCUUUUUCUGUGCAGGAUACACACCUACCAACCUACUCUUUCUCUCUCUCUCUCUCUCUCUCUCUCUCUCUCUCUCUCUCUCUCACACACACACACACACACACACACACACACUUAAACACUAUAUAAAUAACUCUGAAGAAGAAACCAUUAUCAGUUUUAGCCCCCUUACUGCAUGCACACACACUUUCACAACUCUGAGUAUAUCACAUCUGCUUACGCCCUCUAUCUUUUAGCAGUAGCCCAUGAUUGCCAUAGCAACUAAAUCUCACGAGUCAUGACGUUUUUUUUGCUUUUUCACCUCCCUGUAGGUAUUUUUGUUGGAGGUUUGCCAUCAAACUGACGUUACACUUUAGAUGAUCAUGUUAUUUUGCAUGUCCCCUUUUUGGAUGUUGUGUUUAAGCUCAUCUUUGCACUGAUUUUGGCUGGUUUUAAUAUCGCUGCCAUGGUUUGUUUACUAAAAGGCCUCAGAAUGGGCUAGUACCGAUAUUUAAUGUAGAAUCUUUUAUGUUGGAUGUUUUUAAAAGUUCUUUAAUUAAAAAAAUAAUGGUCAAACUUUUUUGUACUGGAAUGAAGUUUGAAGUCUGUUUACAGUACUAAUAAACGCUUUUUGUUUUAA